AUGCUGCCUUCACUACAACCAACGCCAUCCGGCAGCGCCCCAAACCGUCUCAAGCGGCCUCGAACUGUGCAGGCCUGCAACCACUGCCGUGCAAAGAAGUACAAAUGCGAUGGAACAUAUCCGUGCCAGAACUGCCGAAAAGCCGGUGUCGACUGCGUCUUUCGAAGCACUCAUAUCGCCGGCGCAAGCAAUGCGUAUUCUGCAAGUUAUGUGAAAGACCUGGAGGCAAGGCUACAAGCAGCUGAAGCUGCCAUUGGACGCUCAGAGAGCCUAUCCAGCAAUCAUGCAUUUGCGGAAAGUCCCUCCGUUACUUGCCGAGCUCACAGAGAAGAGCCUGCGCAUUCCAGUGAUCUUGGCCCAAACGAGCAGCCUGUGCCAAAUAUUUCAAGGACUUCGGCCGGAUCAACCGUUCUAAGUAGCAUUACAUGGACUGAUCGGCUCCCUCCGCCUCAUACAGAAUCAGACGAUGAACUGACAGAGGAUGCCGGCACGGAGCUAGUUGACAUCAAUCCUUUGACAAAGGCUGUUGAGUUCCAUGGCGAUACAUCUUCCGUUGCUUUCAUUGGCCGCUUACGCAAAGAAUACGUCGAUGGGACUCGCGGCUACGAAGACCUCGAACGACAAUCACUUGUCGGCGCCUUCCAUAACCAUACGUUCUCCCCACACGGUGCGGCAUCCAACGCGAACGACUUUCAGGAGCAGUUCUACAUCCCGCAACUGUACAUCUUUCUUGACGGAUACUUUAGCGGUCUGCAUUUCAUACACCCAAUCCUUGACCGUGACAGUUUUUGUACACGAUGCAAAGAACUCUGGCAGGGUUACAAAGAACGAUUGCCGUCUGGCUUUCCCGCACUGUACUUUGGUCUGUUGUCUCUCGGUGCUUUGACACGAACGUGGACCGAAGGGAGAAUCGAUGGCAUGGACCGUUUCGAAUGGAGUCGUUUACUGUUCGAAAGGGCGCAACUCGCGCUCGGGAAACCUGGGUUCAGCAACGAUCUGGAGACGAUUCAAGCCCUGCUCAUCAUGGCGAAGAUAUGUCAAAACGAGUUGAACCCCAACCUCGCGUGGAUGUAUCUCGGUAUGGCCAUACGCACAUCUCUGUCCGCCGGCGUGAAUAGGAACACAUCAUCUGGAGAUGGGAGACAAGCACAGGAUGUAGAUGCGCUACAGAAAUCCAAGACUUGGUGGGGGCUGUACUCUCUGGAGAUUGAACUCAGUUUCGCACUUGGGAGGCCCGACACCCUAGGGAUCGAUGACUUCCACAACAGGCUCAUGCCCGCUAUUGAUGAUUCUGAAGUAUCCAUUAUCACUUGCAUGAUUGAUCUAGCACGCAUUAUGCGUACUAUCUCCGUCAGCAUCUACCUUCCCCGCCUGGGUUUGGCCGAAAAGCUUGUGAGGGCUUCAGGUAUUGAAGCAAGUAUCGACGCUUGGGUCAGUCGCCUUCCACACCUGAUUCGACCAAGUUUGACCCCGGACGUUCAUAAUGCCGGUGGCUCGCUUCGUGAUCCAGUAUGGGCUCGUUUGCAGAGACUGGUUCUCCAAAUACGAUAUUACAAUGUGAAGAUGUUGCUGUUGCGGCCAUUCAUUCUUCACGCAGCUAAGCUACUACCGUUGCGUGCCUUGUCACUACCGCUUAAGGAAGCCGUUACAAAAUGUGUCAACGCAGCAGUUAGCACAAUCGAAACCGUCUACGAGACCUGCCGUGUGCACACAUUCUUCCGCACUUGGUUUUACAACGUGACAUAUUUGGUCUUCGCCGCAUCUAUCUUACUCUUUCGAGCGGCUCAGCCGGCGCAUUUCAUGAAUGAGCAUACCGAUUUCCUCCCUGUGAUUGAGAAGUCUCUAGAUCUACUCGAUGCCAUGAACGAGAGCGUGGUUGCAAGCAAGACCGCAAAUGUUCUGCGGUAUAUGAUAACACAGCUUCGCGGGCGGCGCGAUCAUAACAGUCGGGAGAACGACAACCAGGCGUUUUUUGCAGCACAGGCAGAUCACAGCUCGACAGGGGUAUCAGCGUCUCAAGCCGUUGAUUCAGGUGCCGUACUGGAAGGAAUGGAUGUGUUCAGUCUUGGAUCGGAGUUCUGGGGCGGAGGGAUGUGGAAUGAUCUGGAGCUUGGCUGGGGGCUUGAAUCCGAACUCCCUUUGACGUAA